AUGGAUCCCAUUUCCGUCGCGCUUGGCUGCAUCGCUCUCUUACCACCGAUCGCAAAAGCUUAUAAUUCGAUCGGUAUAUUUGUGCUCGAGAUACGAGAUGCGGGGAAAGAGAUGAUCAUGGUCCAGACGGAGCUCGCCUCACUGGAAUCCGUCUUAGAGAUUCUGGCUCAGGACAUGGGAAGUUGCCCGGAGAACGUAUUCCCCACAAUACUUGUGGAGAAUAUCAAAAGCAUCAUUGCGGAUUGCGAGCUUGCCGUGACCCAGAUCGAGCAGUGUAUUGCUGCUCACACAAACGACAAAUCGACAAAAAGCGCCAAAUGGGCGCUGUUUGGACGAGACAACAUGUUGAAGUACAAGUCGAUCUUGCACACGCAUCAGAUGGCCCUGAACAUGGCCAUCGAGACGCUCAACAUAUCAGUCAGCAAAGAUAUCAAGGUUAACACGGCAAAUCUACUCAUUGAUACUUCCGAAAUCAAGGAGGACACAUCACAGAUACUCCAGGCGAUCGCAAAACUCCAAGCAAGCCUACCAGAUCAAGGCCGCGAUGGUACUCAUUUUAUCUUGCAAAGAUAUCUCGACAGCCUUACUAGCUACGCAGAAAGCUCAUUUGGUCGUGGAUCUACUCAGAAUCUUGAGGAUGAAUCCUCAAAACCAUCGCCCUUCGAAGAAAAGCUCGCUCUCAUUGACGACGACCCUCCACUACAUCUUGCAACAUCUUCUUCUGCUAAACAAAGCUCUCAUCCUUCCGCGUCGACUUACGGGUCAGGGCCCUCUCGCCAACCUGUGACCAGUCAUAAGUCACACCAUGAAGAACCUCCAUUACAAGCUCUCUCAGACGACACCAAGCCAAUUCUCGAACCCGAUUUUGCACCUUCAGAUGUAUCAUGGUGCAAGGGUCGCGCGAAUCCCAUUUCCAUUCCUCCUCCUCAGCAUGCAUCAGAAGGCCACACCGACCUAGUAUACGCGUUAUGCCACACAACAGACUUCAUCAUAAGCGGCAGUAGGGAUGGCUCGAUUAGAGUCUGGAACGCAUCGACGCGGCGCCUGGCCUACCCACCUUUAUUGGGUCAUAAUUCGUCCGUUUUCGGCAUAGUCGCGGACCACGAGACUGACAUGUUGGUCAGUUGCGCAGGAAACGGCAGUCUUAUUGUGUGGCAACUCUCAACAGGGGACAUGAAAAGUAACAUUAAGCAAGCACACGGAGACAGUAUCUUGAGCAUCAAGCUCAACUCGCAAUAUGUUGUGACAACUUCAAAGGAUUGCACAGCGAAACUGUGGGCUUGCAGCUUCCUGGACAGCCUCCGGGAACGGCGAGGUAGCAAGCCAUUCCCUCAUAGCGUACUCCGUGGACAUACCGGGGCUGUUAAUGCAGCGGUUCUCACAGAAACCGAAGUUAUUACCGCUAGUGGAGACAGGAUAAUUCGCGUCUUUAACAUCGAAAGUGGCACCUGCAUCAGACAGAUUUCUUCCCACGAGAAAAAGAUCGUAUCUCUAGCGCUUUCUCCGGAUGGUCAAUACAUCAUUUCGGCAGGAGGCGAUUUGGAUGUUUUCAUCCAUCACAAGCAAACAGGCCGUCCAGUUUCACGGUGGAAAAGCCACAACGACCUCAUCCGCGCCCUGGUGGUCAUGAACGAGGAGAACUUGAUCGUCACCGGAUCAUAUGAUGAGUCAGUAGCGAUAUGGGCUUAUAGCGAUGAAGGAACAUGGAGAAAAGAGCGCAGCCUGGAUGUUAAAGAGAUUCAGAGAGUUCUGGGCCUGGACCUCAAGCAGCAGGAACGAAGUCACGAUUUCACCGAAAGUGUUCGGAAUGCAGUCGUAACAGGCACAGAAAUUGCCGCGCUAUCUAGCGGAGUAGCUUUUUUCGAAGAGGACGAAGAACAACACAUGUCACGCACAGAAUCCUCCGAGUCGCGAAGAAAGUUGAAAGGGAAGCGACAAAUACUGCUCCAGCACAUCAAAGAUCGUUUCCGAUAG